UUGAGGUGCAUCGCGUGCGACAAGAGCGGCUCGUUUCUCUUUGGCGGCGACGACUCGGGUGUAUUGACAGCUUGGCUGCUGCCGGGUUGGGUGCUGCAGCAGGCUGCGGGUGCUGCUGCUGCUGCUCCUGCUGCAGCAGCAGCAGCAGGCGCGCUGCAGCACAAACUCUCUCCUUUGCUGCGCAGCUGGCAAGCCCACGACAGCAGCAUUUGUCGGGUGUAUGUACACCGCAGCCUUUUGAUUUCUGCGGCCAAAGACGGCAGCCUCAAGGCUUUCCAGUUGGCCGACGUCUUGUGUGCAAGCGGAGCUGACAAGGGAGGCGCUGCUUCCUUCCAAAGCAGCAGCAGCAGCAGCAGCAGCAGCAGCAGCAGCAGCAGCAGCCCGAAGCCGUGGCGGCGCUGGCAAGGACACACAGAAGCUGUUUGCUGCUGCGCAUUUGUCGAGGGCCCCGCGCUGCACCGCUCUGCAGGUUCUUGGCUGCUGGUUACUGCAGCAGCAGACAGGACCGUCCGAGUGUUUGGCGCGGACUCCGAUGAGUGUCUGGAGGCCUUUCGGCUUCCUGCUGCUCCUCUUUGCCUUUCUGUGGACAGCCAGGGCCCCACAGUUUUGGCCUUUGUGGGGUGUACAGACACCAACAUCUACAUCCUCAAGAUUGCUGUUGCUGCUGGCAGCAGCAGCAGCAGCAGCAGCAGCAGCAGCAGCGGCUACGGCAGCAGCGGCGGCGGCAGGACCGGCGGCAGCGCGACGCUCCUCCGAGAAGCCUGGGUGUGCCCCCCAGUCAGCAGCAGCAGCAGCUGCAGCAGCAGCAGCAGCAGCAGCAGCAGCAGCAGCAGGGCUGCUGUGCUGCAGGGCCACUCUGCUGCUGUUAGGGGCUGCGUGAGACUGGCACUGCCAUUAGAGGGACUCCAAGUGGUGCUGCUGCAGCAGCCAGAAGCCCGCAGGCUGCUGCCGCCCCUGGGGUUGCUGCGGCAGCACGGCAGCAGCACCAGCGGGGAAGCAGCAGCAGCAACAGCUUUGUGCCAGGUGCAGCGCAACGUAGAGCAGCAGCAGCUGCUGCAGGCCAGCCUGCUGCAGCGGCAAGCAGCAGCAGCAGCAGCAGCAGCAGACGGCAUCUCAGUAUUAAAAGGGGACCCCCGCAGGUUCAAGAGACAUGCGCGUAUUCUUCAGGUGGGUGCCUCCUGUGUGCAGCAGCAGCAGCAGCAGCAGCAGCGGCAGCAGCAGCAGCAGCAGCAGCAGCAGCAGCAGCAGCAGGACUAG